GAGCGUCGUAGCGCGUAGACGUUGACACGUAGACGGGUCUCGUAGUUGAUUUCGUAGCGAGCGCUACGAGCGCACGUGGUGUUAACUGAUAAAGUAUGAAUUGUAUGGCGACGGGAAAUCUGAAUUGAAUAUUUUUAAAAUAGGCUAACGGGAUCGUGAAACAUGAAGACGUCAACCGCACUCAUCCUGCUGCUACACUUAUCUCUGAACACAGUUGAUGAAGGCUUCGCUAUAAAUCCAAGUUGUUCGUGCAUCCGCUUCACGUCGCCACAAGGCAAGGAGCGUGGUACAUUCAGCAGCCCGGACUACCCCCGCCCGUACCCGCGUGCCCUCUGCUUGCUGUAUACCUUCAUAGCCCAGCCACAUCAGAUCGUUGAGCUUGUGUUCACCGACUUCGAUGUGUUUAAGGAACAUCUUGAUUGCACCCACGGCGACUACUUAAAAGUAUAUUCCGAAGUAGACAUCCACGGCCCUGGACCGCCUGGUAUCCCUGGAGUCAAUGAGUACUCAAAAUGGUCAAGAGUGCUAUGUGGUAAUAGAAAUGAUGCCCCACCAACAUUAUACUCCCAUGGAUCAGCAUUGGUCCUGGAGCUAAAUAGUGGUGAAAAGGAGUCUAAUGCUACGGGUUUCAUUGGGACUUAUAAAUUUAUAGAUAGACGUAAUUUCGAGACAGACGGAGUUUUGGUGGCCGAUUCGGAGUGCGACUAUGUUUUUAAUUCGCAUUUGAACAAACCAAGCCAGGGCAGAUUUUAUAGCCCGAGGUAUCCCUCCAGUUACCAUCGUAAUGCGCAGUGUUAUUAUCAUUUCAAUGCAAGAAAGCACGAACGAGUGAAAUUAGUUUUUGAAGAAUCAUUUUUACAAAAAGGCGACGAGAGUUGCCUCAACCGUGCUGAUACAAUUAAAGUUUUUGAUGGGAAAGUUUCGAGCGCGCCGGUCAUUGCAAUGCUGUGCAAUGAAAUUGUAGGUUAUGAAAUUUUAUCCACGGGAUCUGAUUUACUCGUGGAAUUUAUAGCGAAAUCAAAAACACCUGGGCAAGGUUUUAAAGCGAGAUAUCAGUUUCAACCUAACGAAAACAUAAUUGAAGAUGCUGAUAAAAAGACUAACCAAGGAACUUCAGUCGGACCAGCAGUAAGUGCCACAACGUCUUCAUGCGACCAAGAAUUCAGAUCCGACAAAAGCACGAGUGGCAAAUUGAUUUCACCAUUGUACCCCGCGCCGUAUCCUCCGAAAACGCAUUGUCAUUAUGACUUCUUAGCGAGAGGGCGUCAGAGGGUCAGGCUUGUGUUUGAGGACUUCAGCCUGCAGAGGGUUACAGGGACUAUCAUUGAUUGCGAGAGCAUGGAUUCGCUCGACGUGUUUCUGGACGUCGACGGGAGAUUAGAGAAAAUGGCGUCGUUCUGCGGCAGCGACGUUCCGAAGGCAAUAAUGUCGAAUGGACCAAAAUUAGCAAUAGAUUUCAGGGGUGUUUACUCAUCACGGUACAGCAGGGGCUUCAAGAUCUCCUAUUAUUUCGUUGAAGAUUACGGCAUCACGGCCGGGAAGCAACUAUUGGAGUAUCCAUGUGCCUUCGUGUAUAAUAGCAGUGCGCGGGGGAGGGGGGUGGUGACGUCACCGAACCAUCCGGGAUUAUACCCGCGUGAUACGGAGUGCAAUUAUUUCUUCUAUGGGACACAUGAUCAGAAGGUGCAUCUGCAUUUCAGCCAUUUUGACGUGGAGGGCGUUCACCCAUGUGAGGUGGUAUCAGCCAGCGACUAUGUGCAAUUCUCGAACGAGGUCAAUUCCCGUGGUACUCGCCACUGUGGUCAAUUAAAGGACCUCAAAGUGACAUCGAAGAGAAACUUCUUCCGAAUGACAUUUAGGUCCAAUGAUCGACUGGAUGGAACCGGGUUCAAAGCGAAUUAUAUUUUUCUGAAAGAUACUGAGUUGAAUACUGUUAAUAUGCCCUCUAUUGGUGGAUGUGAUGCACUAUUCCAUACAACGAAGAUCACCGUGUUCUUACUGAUUCUAGACUUGAUCGUGGCUCUCAGAUAAACAACGAUUCCUACAGAGUUUUAAAGAAAUAAAUUAUUACUGUUGAUACA